AUGCAGCUGUUCUUCUCAUCCUCUGUGACCUUGUUUCUACCAUUCACAGCACUAGUACUGCUGCUAUUAUCUCUUUCACUUGUUGCAUGUAGAUCACUACUACUUGUGCCCAAAAUGACUGUGAAAGGAGGGACAAGCCAAGCCUGUGCUGCAUGCAAGUACCAGAGAAGGAAGUGCUCGUCGGAGUGUGCUCUGGCGCCAUAUUUCCCGGCAAACGAGCCUAAGAUGUUCCAGAAUGCACACCGGCUUUUUGGGGUGUGCAACAUUAUGAAAAUACUGAAACAAUGCAAUAGCCGCGAACAAAAAGACGAGGCCAUGAAAUCUAUUAUAUAUGAAUCCGAUAUUCGCCAGAAGUGUCCGGUCUACGGAUGUUGGGGUAUCAUUUGCCAACUUCAGUAUCAACUCCGACAAGCCAUUGAAGAGCUUCGGUAUGUGCACGCUAGGCUCACGGUCUGCAGAGAACAAUGCCAUAACCAAAUGAACCCUAGUCCACAUUUUGAUUCUCCAUCUUCGCAGUUACAAUUGGGGAUUAGUCCAACCAGUGAGGACUCAUCAAUUUUUCAACAUCAUGGAAUGUCUAAUUUCCCAAUUAUGAACCAUUUUGGUAGGAAUGAAAUGGAUGGGGUAUAUUUUGAAUCUAAUGAUAAUAAUAAUAAUAAUAAUAUGUCAAAGCCAUUGUUGGUCCAACAGUACCCUUAUUAUAAUAACAUGGCAAGUGGUGGUAGUUCAAUGGGAAUGGGAAUGGGAAUGGGGAUUAAUCAGACGUCUCAGAUGGUUCCUUCACAGCCAUUUUUUAUCCAACAUGCAACAGAAGUUUCUCAAGAUUAUGAUGAUAUACCUUUUGAUACGAUUGCUGAUGACAGACAAUCUUAUAUUGAAUCCAAGGAAGCAUGUGAGUCAAGCUCGGAGUCAUCGUUGAAGGAUACAACACAAUUGAUUCAUGAACACGCGUCAAAAAGUGAACUCAAGAGCGCUGCUGCAUGCUUCAGCCUCACAAGUGUCAACUAA